AUGCAAGAGCUGAAUCUUGGGAAUAUAUAAAAUGAACGACCUACACUAGUUACUCAUUCGUUAGUUUGUGCUCACCACGAAUACUAAGCACCAUGCUCAAAUACGUGACAGUCCUGUGCCUGGUGGCAGCGCUGUGCGCUGGCGCACCCCAACAAAACCCCCAGGACGUUCAAAUCCUGCGUUAUGACAGCGACGUCCUUCCUGACGGUUACAGCUUUGCGUACGAAACUAGCGACGGCACAUCCCGCCAGGAAGAAGGCAAGCUUGACAACCCUCAGUCUGAGAACGCAGCCCUGACAGUUACUGGCCAGUAUUCGUACGUCGCUCCCGAUGGCAAGCACUACACCGUCACCUUCACCGCCGGUCCCAACGGCUUCCAACCCAAGACUUCCCUCGGCCAGAAGUAAACAAUAUAUCCUCUGAUCGCUGUAAAUACUCCUUGUAUAGUACACUAUGGCCCUUUCCAGCCACUAGAUAGAAAAGUUCAUGUUCUUCAACGUUUAGCAGUGAACACGAUCUCAGUUGUAUUACCCAUUGUGCUAGCAACGAGCGCAAAGAAUGCGAGAUCAUAGCAUCUAAAUUCUUGUGCCAUAAGAAUAAUCAUUUGUACUUUUGUAUUUU